AUGCAAGAUGGUACAUUUGAUAUUCCAAUAACAGAGCCGGCUAUAAACACAACUUCAACGUAUGCAGAAUGGACAGCCCCAGAUAUAGGAACGUAUCAUUGUACUGUAGUUGCAUAUAAUCGAGCAUUAGAACCAUCAAAUCCAGUUUGUUCUGAUGGUAUCACCAUUGAUACUUCACCACCAACACUCAGUGAAAUUGUCAUAGAUGAUGCUAUUAUAAAAGCUGGUGUGAUCAAGGACGGUGAUGGUAACGUGUGGAUGGUGAAUACUACUAGAUAUCGCCACCAAGUAGUUAAUGUUUCAGACGAAUGCAGAAAUGUAGCAAGGCUUGACAGUGAUAUAGAACUACUGCCUUUAAACCCAUCUGAAGAUAUUACAAGUACUGAUACGGAAUGCAUAGAUGCUGGACCUUUAUCAACUGUUAUAUAUUACAAUAAAGAAAACCAUUUCUCUUUGAGUUGGCAAGGAGAUGAUCCUGAAAGCGGGAUAUACGACUAUGAAGUUGGUUUAAGUUCCACAUCUUCUGGACUGAGUCCUGACAUACUACCAUUUACCUCCACCAAUUCACACAGGAACUUUCUUACUUACCACCCUAAUUUGGCUGAAGGUUUACAAUUCUAUGUGGUUUUGAAAUCCAUCAACCGAGCAGAGUUGACACAAACAAAGGUUAUUGGACCACUCUUUGUUGAGGUGACACCCCCAGUCUUCACUGGCGACAUUGAUGUUACCUUGGAGACAUAUAGUGAUGUAGGUUACCUUGUGGCUCGUUGGAACCAAGACGAUUUUUAUGACGGGGAAGAUGCCGAGCCUCUGAUACGCUUUGAGUAUGGCGUUGGUACAACUACCCAUGAUACAAACAUAUUAGAUUUCACAAUCUUAGACGACCAUCAUGACAAUGAUCUAUGUGUAUCUGAACGACCACCGUCAUGUGUUUCUAUAUCAGUUGAUAAACUUAAUUGGCAUCUACAUGGGGAUCAUUCCUACUACGUAUUCAUCCGCGUAACAAACACUGCUGGGUUAAUCAGUAUUGCAAAGUCAGCAGCUUACAGGCAUGUGGUUGAACCACCAUCGAAAGGCAUUGUAUGUGAUAUCCUUCCACUAAGUGAAUAUACUGAGUUAUAUGGGGAACCUCAUGACAUAGAUUUCCAGACUUCUAGAACUUCACUACAUAUCCGAUGGUCUGGAUUUUCCCAUCCAUAUCUGGAUGUGCGUUAUGAAGCUGCCUUAGGCACGACACCUGGGGAAGAAGAUGUUGUUGGUUUUAAAGCUGCGGAUGUGGGCCACACAUAUCUUGAUUUUAAUGGACUGAACUUAGAAAAUUUCAAGAAAUACUUCGCUACCGUAAGAGCGUCCAAUGAUGUUGGUAGUGUUACAGUGAGUUCUGAUGGAGUUCGGAUACUUUCAGAUCAAGAUGUGUUGACGUCAGCAAAGGUUUAUGAUGGAUUGGGAUGCACUAGAGCAGUUUCAGGCUUACCGACAGAACACACGAAUACUGGAACUUUCAGUCACCAUAGUAACGAUGGACGUCAUGUUUGCCAGGAAGAUCUUGAAUUUCAGGCAUCAAUGUCUUCACUUACCUCAUACUGGAACAUAUCAGGUGAUAUAAGUGAUUACAUUACAGACGUUCAUUGGGGAGUGCAGAGACUUGAACAUACAAAUGAAUCUGAUGUAUGGGACUUUGUGAAAGACUUUGAAAACCUUGGUAUGGCUUACACUGCUCACACGGCUAUGCAACUUCAUCCCGGUGACAUUUAUCGUUCUAUCGUGAAAUUCUGCCACACUGUCGGGUGUUUUCAACCAGUCACCAGUGAUGGCGUCACCAUUCUGCCAUAUCCACCAUCAUCUGAAGGCAUCUCAUAUGUCAAGUAUUACAAUGAGACAGAUGAAUUGGAAUUCUCAUGGCGCAGUUUUGGACACAAUCUACAGAUGACCGGUCGUGACGUUAUUGAAUACAUUGAUUAUUAUGAGUGGACAAUAACUAUCAAAACCAACAGUCGUCAUGGUGAUGCCUUGUUUGUUUGGCAGUUAUUAGAAGACCCUGUCCAUGUAGGGGACGAGAUGACUUAUAGAGCAUCACUUGAUCACAGCUUACAAUUCACUGAGUGUUUACAAAUUGGUCUCCGUGGUUACACUAAAGCUGGUCUCUACACCACUGUAUAUAAAGACAUAUACGACUGUGAUGCAUACAAUCCUGUACUGAUUGUACCGAAUAUAGUGAUAGAUGCCUCUGGUAGUUGGGAUGAAAAGAGUAAUGAUAAUGGGGAUAUAUUUCUUGAAAUAAACGCCCACUGGAACCAGCCUGAUGCUGAAUAUACUCGAGCCAUACAUAAACUCGCGGCAGUAUGGCCUACUCUACGAUAUAAUCAGUAUGACUGGAAGGUUAUAUCUGAUGACAGCGUUCAACGGUGGGCGUAUUUGACAUCUAACGAUGGGCAUAUUACAUAUGAGGAGUAUGACUGUAGCUCACCAGAAGUGAUGGCCUGUGGAAGUACAAAUGAAAACUUUAUCAACAUUCACGAUCUACCAUUAGUUCAUGGCCAAAGAUAUUAUGUAUGCAUAUAUUCAAAUGCCACAAAGAAGGUAUAUGAAUAUGUAGAAGUGUUACUACCCGAGAUAUCAGUGUGUUCUGAUGGCAUCACCGUUGACCAAAGCCCACCUUUACAAGGCAAUGUAUGGAUUGGAUGGAGAGAACAACAUUUCCAAUCAGCUGUAUCUGAACUUAUUGUUAACUGGCAGUCAUUUGUUGACGUAGAAGAGGAAGGCCGUACCACUCAUUAUUCAGGAAUUCGAAAAUACGAAUACGCUAUUGGGUCUUCACCAGAUGGAGUGGAUGUACAGGACUUCAUAGAUGUUGGAAUUACAAACAGAGCUGUGGCUCAUGGUUUAGAUUUACAGGAUGGAUAUACAUAUUACGCUACCGUAAAAGCAACCGAUUUUGUGGGCCUCACCACUAUAUCUGUAUCACCCGGAGUCACCAUAGAUACAACGCCACCACAGAAGACAGAUGUGAAAAUCAACAUUGGCGGGUCUUUCCAUGUUUCAACUUCAUCUGUCAGUGCUAGUUGGCGAGGACUGUUUGUUGAUUUAGAAAGUGGUAUUUCUAUAUAUGAAUGGGCAGUUGGGUCACUCCCAGGUUUUGCAGAUAUUAUGCCGUUUACUGUUAUUAACUCCGAAGAAGGAACAUCGGAUGAAAACAUUGACCUUGAAUUAAUAGAAGGCCAUGCGUAUUAUGUUUCAGUUAAGGCAUACAAUGGAGCUGGAAUGUCAACCAUGGCAACAUCAUGGGCCACUAUUGUUGAUGCGUCACCCCCAAUUGCUGGUUAUGUUUAUGAUGGAACUGUUUCUGCUGAUCAAAUUGACCUUGAUGUUCAGACGGAUCUGAGCAGCUUAACGGCAAGGUGGACUGGUUUUAGUGAUCCACAUACUGGUAUUGCUACAUAUACAUGGGCAAUUGGUACAUGCAAAGUUUGUGAUGAUACAAGGGGAGAACAGUAUGUGGGUGUAGUAACUGAGAUGACAGCAGAUAACCUAAAUUUGAAACCUGGUUUCACGUAUUAUACGACCGUUAUAGCUUGCAAUGCUGCCAAGUUAUGUACAACAGUGACGUCAGACGGUGUCCUGAUAGAUAACUCUCCCCCAGUCCGAGGCGCAGUGCAUGACGGGAUUAGUGGUCCUGACAUUGCAUAUCAAACAUCAAGAUCAACAAUGGCUGCACACUGGUACGGAUUCCAUGACCCACAGUCACAGAUAUCCCAUUAUGAAUGGAGAGCAGGAACCACCGUUGGAGGAGAGGAAAUUGUACCACCAACGACGCUGCAUUUAACAGAGAAAGUGUUUAUUUCCCAAAUGUCACAAGAUUUGCCCCUAAACACUAUGAUAUAUGUAACGGUUAUUAAAUCCAAUACGGGGGAAGUUUUAUCAAAGGAUAUCGAUAUUGCACAGAAUUUCAAUGAUUUUUUCACUGAUGUUGGACCAGCCCUAGCUGCUCAAAUCAAUUCUCCUGAACAUUUUACAAACUACCUUUCUGAUAAUCAUUACACAGCUUCUUUCUUCCUGCGUCCAGUUAGUCAAAAUGACGUCAUUAAUGAGAUCGGGCGUUUAGAUCCCAGCAAAGCUAUGGGCCCAGAUCAUAUUCAUCCAAAAACAAUAAUCCAUGCUGCCCAACACAUUGCUAGUCCCCUAGCCCAUAUCAUUAACCUAUCCAUUACUACAG